AUGUCGACAUCUACCAAANAAGACCAGCUCGCCGCUCGCAUCGCACACCUCAAACUCCGCCUCGCACCUCUCGUGCCCCUUCCAACCGGAGCUCCACACCCAGACUUCCCUCGCACACUGUUGGACUACCAUCUCUUGAGCGAGGAACAACUGGACGCUAUUGCCUCUUACUACCAUCAAUCCACCCCCAGCGUUUACACACACCAAUACCCUGCAUGUAUGAACUGGGACAAAGAUAUGCUAGCCAAACGCCGAGCUAGCGUUGCUCAACAUCUGCGUCGAGCAAGCCAAGUAGAAGACAAUCAGUGGUGGGAGAAACUGUUGGCUGCCGAGGAGGCAGAGAAUGCACUUAUGGUGAAGAGAAGGCCGAGUGUGCAGUUUGCUGAGGGACUUACAGAUGCAGAGAGGCUUGCGAUCAAGAGACGCAAGUUUGGAAAGUUUAUUGGAUUGCUGAAUUGUGAGACACCGGUCGAGGAGAUCGAGGGGCGUUUGAGGACUUCGAUGGAGAAGGCUAUUCAGCUUGCGCAGGAGGAGUUGAGGAGGGCUGAAGAAUGGGAACUCAGGCGAUCGAAGAUGGUGUAA